AUGUCUACACAGGACGAAGUGCCUGCCAUGCUGAACUCACGACCCCAGACGGGGCUUUCUUUCCUGGCCCCAGAACCAGAAGAUCUUGAAGACCUUUACAGCAGAUACAAGGUCUGUAUUGGGAACAGCUUCUGUGUGUCUGUGCUUGACUGUUGAGGUCUAUUUCUGUCAGCACAACAAGAAAAGCAAUUUUAAAUCGUACAGGCCCUUUCUGUGAUUUCUUCAAUCACAGUAAAGAUGUUAACUAUUACAGUGCCCAGAGAAAGUAUUCACACAGACUUUUUCCACAUUUUGUUGUUACAGCCUGAAUUUAAAAUGGAUGAAAUUGAGAUUUUUUGGUCACUGGCCUACACCCAAUACCCCAUAAUGUCAAAGUGGAAUUAUGUGUUUCGUUUUUUUAUUUUUAACAAAUUAAUUAAAAAUGGAAAGCUGAAAUGUCUUGAGUCAAUAAGUAUUCAACCCCUUUGUUAUGGCAAGCCAACAUAAUUUCUGAAGUAAAGAUUUGCUUAACAAGUCACAUAAUAAGUUGCAUGGACUCGCUCUCUGUGCAAUAAUAGUGUUUAAUAUGAUUUCUGAAUGACUACCUCAUUUUUGUACCCCACAGACCGGUUUCCGAGCUGGUCAUGGGGUGCACUUCAGCCACGCUCAAGGUCCUAAACGAUAUUAUAACCGCGAUCGAUAAUAGACAGUACUGUGCAGCCGUUUUCAGUGACCUGGCCAAGGCUUUCGACUCUGUCAACCACCGCAUUCUUAUUGGCAGACUAAAUAGCCUUGGUUUCUCAAAUGACUGCCUCGCCUGGUUCACCAACUACUUCUCAGAUAGAGUUCAAUGUGUCAAAUCGGAGGGCCUGUUGUCUGGACCUAUGGCAGUCUCUAUGGGGGUGCCACAGGGUUCAAUUCUUGGGCCGACUCUUUUCUCUGUGUAUAUCAAUGACGUCGCUCUUGCUGCUGGUGACUCUCAGAUCCACCUCUACGCAGACGACACCAUUUUGUAUACAUCUGGCCCUUCAUUGGACACUGUGUUAACAAACCUCCAAACGAGCUUCAAUGCCAUACAACACUCCUUCAGUAGCCUCCAACUGCUCUUAAACACUAGUAAAACUAAAUGCAUGCUCUUCAACCGAACGCUGCUUGCACCCGCCCACCCGACUAGAAUCACUACUCUCGACGCGUCUGACCUAGAGUAUGUGGACAACUACAAAUAUCUAGGUGUCUGGUUAGACUGUAAACUCUCCUUCCAGACUCACAUUAAGAAUCUCCAAUCCAAAGUUAAAUCUAGAAUUGGUUUCCUAUUUCGCAACAAAGCCUCCUUCACUCAUGCUGCCAAACAUGCCCUCGUAAAACUGACUAUCCUACCUACCGAUCCUUGACUUCGGCGAUGUCAUUUACAAAAUAGCCUCCAACACUCUACUCAGCAAAUUGGAUGUAGUCUAUCACAGUGCCAUCCGUUUUGUCUCCAAAGCCCCAUAUAAUACCCACCACUGUGACCUGUACGCUCUUGUUGGCUGGUCCUCACUACAUAUUCGUCGCCAAACCCACUGGCUCCAGGUCAUCUAUAAAUCACUGCUAGGCAAAUCCCCGCCUUAUCUUAUCUCACUGGUCACCAUAGCAACACCCACCCAUAGUCUGCGCUCCAGCAGGUAUAUCUCACUGGUCAUCCCCAAAGCCAACACCUCCUUUGGCCGCAAUUCCUUCCAGUUCUCUGCUGCCAAUGACUGGAACAAAUUGCAAAAAUCUCUGAAGCUGGAGACACUUAUCUCCCUCACUAACUUUAAGCAUCAGUUGUCAGAGCACCUUACCGAUCACUGCACCUGUACACAGCCCAUCUGAAAUUAGCCCGCGCAACUACCUCAUCCCUAUAUUGUUAUUUAUUUUGCUCAUUUGUACCCCAGUAUCUCUAUUUGCACAUCAUCUCUUGCACAUCUAUCAUUCCAGUGUUAAUACUAAUUGUAAUUAUUUUGCACUAUAGCCUAUUUAUUGCCUUACCUCCAUAACUUGCUACAUUUGCACACACUGUAUAUAUAUGUAUUUCUGUUAUAUUUUUGACUUUGUUUUGUUUUACCCCAUAUGUAACUGUGUGUUGUUGUUUUUAUCGCACUGCUUUGCUUUAUCAUGGCCAGGUCGCAGUUGUAAAUGAGAACUUGUUCUCAACUGGUUUACCUGGUUAAAUAAAGGUUAAAUAAAAAUAAAAUAUAAAAAAAUAAUAAUAAUAAUAAACAGACAAGUAUCUGUAAGGUCCCUCAGUCGGACAGGGAAUUUCAAACACAGAUUCAACCACAAAGACCAGGGAGGUUUUACAAUGCCUCACACAGAAGGGCACCUAUUGGUAGAUGGGAAGAAAAAAUCCCUUUGACCAUGGUGAAGUGUUAUUAAUUACACUUUAGAUGGUGUAUCAAUACACCCAGGCACUACAAAGGUACAGGCGUCCUUCCUUGCUGGAGAGGAAGGAAACCGCUCAGGGAUUUCACCAUGAGGCGCAGUGGUCUAAGGCACUGCAUCGCAGUGCUAACUGUGCCACUAGAGAUCCUGGUUCGAAUCCAGGCUCUGUCGCAACCGGCCGCAACCGGGAGACUCAUGGGCGGCGCACAAUUGGCCCAGCGUCGUCCAGGGUAGGGGAGGGAAUGGCCGGCAGGGAUGUAGCUCAGUUGAUAGAGCAUGGCGUUUGCAACGCCAGGGUUGUGGGUUCGAUUCCCAUGGGGGGCCAGUAUAAAAAAUAAAAAUAAAAAAUUGUAUUCACUAACUGUAAGUCGCUCUGGAUAAGAGCGUCUGCUAAAUGACAAAAAAAAAAAAAAAAAAAAAAAGGCCAAGGGUGACUUUAAAGUAGUUACAGAGUUGAAUGGCUGUGAUAGGAGAACUGAGGAUGGAUCAACAAUGUUGUUAUUACUACACAAUACUAACCUAAUUGACAGAGUGAAAAGAAGAACGCCUGUACAGAAUACAAAUAUUCCAAAGCAUGCAUAAUGUUUGCAACAAGGCACUGAAGUUAUACUGCAAAAAAUGUGUCAAAGCAAUUAACUUUUGCCUGAAUACAAAGUGUUAUGUUUGGGGCAAAUACAUCACAGGACCACGCUGUAUUUUCAAGCAUAGUGGUGGCUGUAUCAUGUUAUGGGUAUGCUUUUAAUCGUGAAGGACUAGAGCUAAGCACAGGCAAAAUCCUAGAGGAAAACCUUGUUCAGUCUGCUUUCCACCAGACACUGGGAGAUGAAUUCACCUUUCAGCAGGACAAUAACCUUACCCAGAAAGACUCGCUGCCUAAUAUGCUUCUACAAAGUAUUGACUUAAGCGUGUGAAUACUUAUGUAAGUGUGAUAUUUCUGUAUUUCAUUUUCAAUAAAUUUGCGAAAAUUUCUAAAAACAUGUUUUCCCUUUGUCAUUAUGGGGCUAUGUAGGUAGAUUGGUGAGAAAAAACAUACAUUUAAUACAUUUUGAAUUCAGGCUGUAACACAACAAAAUGUGGAACAAGUCAAGGGGUAUGAAUACUUUCUGAAGGCGCUAUAUCACCAUGAUUCAUCAAUAAACAUACAUUCUCCAUGACACCUUUCCCACCCUCCCCUUCACUAUUGUAGAAGCUGCAGCAGGAGCUGGAGUUUCUGGAGGUGCAGGAGGAGUACAUCAAAGAUGAACAGAAGAACCUGAAGAAGGAGUUCCUCCACGCCCAGGAGGAGGUGAAGAGGAUACAGAGUAUCCCCCUGGUCAUCGGCCAGUUCCUGGAGGCUGUGGACCAAAACACAGCCAUCGUGGGCUCCACCACAGGUAGUUUUUACAUUCUUGUCUGUCCUCACAUAGUGUAGGUAAGCCUCUGGUAGUUGGCUCCAGAGACUGGAGACUUCCUUUAGAGUGGUAGCUUCUGACUGUACACUAUAGUUUCUAGAGAACAACCGAUAAUCGGCUGUUGAUAUAUCAGGCCGAUAUCGGCCCUUCUCUAUCGACAUUGCCGAUAGUCCCGCUACAUAGCAAAACUGCUGCUAUGCCAGCUGCCACUCACCACCUGAGCCACGAGCACUGCACAAUGCCGAUGAAUAUCAAGCUGGGUAAAUCAUCAGCAGCGGAAAGCUAGCUCAUCCUCCAACAGAAAGGUGCAGUAUUGAGAAACAGAUGAAUUAACACAGUGACCAAAAUCGCAGAUGAGCUUCCCUAAGACGGUUUGUGACAGUUUGUGCAGAAAUUCUUCAGUUGUGUAAACCUACAGUUUCAUCAGCUGUCCGGGUGGCUGGUCUCAGACGAUGCCGCAGGUGAAGAAGCCGGAUGUGGAGGUCCUGGGCUGGCGUCGUUACACGUGGUCUGCGGUUGUGAGGCCGGUUAGACGUACUGGCAAAUUCUCUAAAACGGCGUUCAAGGCUGCUUAUGGUGAAAUGAACAUUCAAUUCUCUGGCAACAGCUCUGGUGGACAUUCCUGCAGUCAGCAAGCCAAUUGCACGGUCCCUCAACUUGAGACAUCUGUGGCAUUGUGUUGUGUGAUAGAGCAAGACAACUGCACUUUUUAGUGGCCUUUUCUUUUCCCCAGCACAAGGUGCACCUGUGUAAUGAUCAUGCUAUUUUAAUCUGUUUCUUGAUAUGCCACACUUGUCAGGUGGAUAGAUUAUCUUGGCAAAUGAUAAAUGCUCACUAACAGGGAUAUCAACACAUUUGAGAGAAAUAAGCUUUUUGUGUAUGGAACAUUUCUGGGAUAUUUUAUUUCAACCCAUGAAACAUGGGACCAACACUUUACAUGUUGCGUUUUAUAUUUUUGUUCAGUGUAGUUAUCAUAGUAGCAGUAAACAGCAGCAAGUGAUAUGAGCGUUGGGGAGAUGUGAAAGGGAGCGGAGUUACAGCCUUGCUCUAUCCAAUUGUAGCAGUAGGAUCAAGUUACAACCCGCCCAUUUCUUGAUAGAUAGCUGAGCUAGCCAAUUGAGUAUAAAAAAAAUACUAGUUGACAAAAGACAUACUAGUUUCAUAAGCAUCCGUGAUCACAAAUCAUAACGUUACGUUGGAACCAUUUGCAUUGAAUAGAUGUUAUUUUAUAUUCUCAAACUAACAGCAGUGCCUAUAUGAUGUCCUUCCAUACAGGCGUGACAUGCUGGAGUGAUGCUUCUAUGCAAAUGUUGUUGAUCAGUAGGCUAAUAUACUGUAAGUCCCAAAUGAAGGGCAAACAGAUUGUCAUCUGUAGCACCAUAGACUCCACUGAUCAGCCAAAACAAACUCAAUGCAUGCACACACUCCUAUUGAAUAUGGAUUCACCUGUAUUGUGAGUGUGAGUAUGUCUAUGACAUCUUAAUUUACCCAGUCAAGAGAUUUUCCCAUUCAAAUAAAAUUAUAAUUAUAUUGUUAUUUAGUUAGAUUGGUAAAAACGAAGUCAAAUGUAUUGUUUGAUUUUUAAAUUGAUGCAUUAAUGCGUACAUGUCUGUCUUUGGGAACUAUUUUGAUAUUGUAUAUCUGCCUAAAAUAUCAUCCAUCUUUCUUUCUUUAACCCCUAAAAAAAAUCCAUAUAGGUCAUUCUCUAAUAGCCACACUCCCAUAAGCUCCCAUAUUUUGCACUGUAACACCAAUGCCUCAUUCUUACUGUAUAGGCAAAACAUGUCUCUAAUAUUCCCUAAUGACAUUUCCCCCUCUUUCCCUGUGCCACCCUCUUUCUCUGAUUCUCUCUCUGUCCACCCUCUUCUCUCUCUGUCCACCCUCUUCUCUCUCUGUCCACCCUCUCCUCUCCCUGGCUCAGGCUCUAACUACUAUGUGCGUAUCCUAAGCACCAUCGACAGAGAGCUGCUGAAGCCCAAUGCAUCGGUGGCCCUGCACAAGCACAGCAAUGCCCUGGUGGAUGUGCUCCCCCCAGAGGCUGACAGCAGCAUCAUGAUGCUUACAUCAGGUACACAUGCACACUAUUCUACCCCCUGGUAUACAUAUCCCUUUGUAAUACAUGUUGCAGUGGAACAAACAUGCAUUCAUGCGUGCUUACAUACGUUGCAUGCAUAUUCCACUCAUUGAUACCUUAGUGCAGCUCCUCUCCUCUGUGUUAUAAUAUAAUAAUAAUAUACCAUUUAGCAGACGCUUUUAUCCAAAGCGACUUACAGUCAUGCGUGCAUACAUGUUUGUGUAUGGGUGGUCCCGGGUAUCGAAUCCACUACCUUGGCGUUACAAGCGCCGUGCUCUACCAGCUGAGCUACAGAGGACCAGAGGAUGUUGUUAAUAAAAUAAUAGCAUUAUUUUCCUGUAUCUCUCCUUGCAGACCAAAAGCCAGAUGUGAUGUAUGCUGACAUCGGAGGGAUGGAUAUCCAGAAGCAGGAAGUGAGGGAAGCAGUGGAGCUUCCACUCACACACUUUGAACUCUACAAACAGAUUGGCAUUGACCCACCAAGGGGGGUUCUGAUGUACGGGCCUCCUGGCUGUGGGAAGACCAUGCUGGCCAAGGCUGUGGCUCACCACACUACAGGUAGGCCAUUCACCAUGUUCACCAUUAUCUAUAGGAUGCACUGGUGCUAACAUGAUUAGGCUAUAUUGUCAUUUUUUUGCAGCAAAUAAUUGUAAUCAUGCUACCAUAUCAGUAUUUGGUUAUUUUCUGACUCUCGGUCUCUCUCUCUGUUGCUCUCUCUCUCUCUCAGCGGCGUUCAUCCGCGUGGUAGGCUCUGAGUUUGUGCAGAAGUACCUGGGCGAGGGCCCCCGCAUGGUGCGUGACGUCUUCCGGCUGGCCAAGGAAAACGCCCCCGCCAUCAUCUUCAUCGACGAGAUCGAUGCCAUCGCUACCAAGCGUUUUGACGCACAGACCGGAGGUAUGAGCCAUUGUGUACCUUUUUAGAAUCAGCUGCACUUCAGAAUAGGCUAUGUAAUGGACUGGUCAUUUACUAAUCUCUAGUAUUGCACAUAGUAGCCAAACCCAGUAAGACAUGCAAAAUAGAGCAGAUUUACAGAUUGGCAUUCCUGAUAUCAAAUGUCUCCACCUGUGAUCUUCAGGGUUCACACAAGGUGAUUGAGGUGCUUAAAGUACUUGAAUUUGCCACUCUGAAGUUCAAGUACUGGAAUGCCUUGAAAAUCAGAAAUGUUCUCAAGUUGGUACUUGAAAAGUACUUGAAUUAAAAUGAGAGGAGAACAGAUAAUCAAAUAUGUUUAUGAAAAAUAUAAUAAAAAUGUAUUGGUCUUGCGAAUUCAUUUCCAGGCAGACUACAGAGUUUUAUUUCCUCACGUGUUUCGCACUGUGGUUGCCAGGGGAGCUCGCUCAUUCCACCCAUACUGCCACUCAGCCAGGCAGGUACAGAACUGACUGAUUAGGCGCAGCCAAACGUCACAUCGAUAGCUAAAAUGGCGGGAAAAUGUAGAUUCAAUUCUGCCUUUUGUACGUAUGGAAAAUUUCUGGGAUCUUUUAUUUCAGCUCAUGAAACAUGGGACAACACUUUACAUGUUGCGUUUUAUAUUUUUGUUUAGUAUAGUUUACCCACUCUCUUUUGUACCACUACAUCACUGGACCCAACCAACUGACACUGUGUAAGGUGCAAAAAAUGCGUCAGACUUUGACAUUGCGAGCAUGGGUGAAUUGGCCCUGAAGAGCCACAUGAAGGGGGAAAGACACAACGCUGCAUCCUGCACUGGCGCCAGUUCUACAUGUGACUUUUUCUCUGCAACAACCUCCAGAGCUUUUUUGCCAAUCGCCUCAUUCACAGAGUGCCCGCGAUAUUCCGCUUUAUCAAGCAGCAGCCAUGCUCCUGCCGUUCUGGUGGCCGUUCAAGUGCCGUUUUCCUCACACAGCCCACCCACCCGAAUGGCGACACUAAAGCUGCCAGUCGGAAGCAAUACUUUAUUGUAGCUAUUAAGUAGUAGAUUCCCAAAUGCCCAAUAAAAACAGUCAUUAAGCUGGAAUUGUGUACAUUUUACAUUUUAGUCAUUUAGCAGACGCUCUUAUCCAGAGCGACUUACAGUUAGUGAGUGCAUACAUUUUCAUACUAGCCCCCCGUGGGAAACGAACCAACAACCCUGGCAUUGCAAGCGCCAUGCUCUACCAAUUGGUAGUAAUGUGAAUAGGAAAUGUGUGUUCACCAGUAGGCAUCUCCCAAAACACUCCUCAUCACUACUCAAAUUACAAAAUCAUCAGUACUGACUUACCACUUAUGUAGUGAAACAAUGUAUUAUUGAUGAGUGCUAAGUAAUUAUUACUUUUUUAUGAGGUUGUGGCGAUAUACUGCCAUCUGGCGGCAACUAGAAACAAUUACAUAAUAUGAACUGGACCUUGAAAAUAUAUUUUAGUGCUUGAAAAAGUACUUGCCACUGUCUGUAUGAACCCUGGGUCUUGUCAUGCCAACACACAUUUGAGCUGUUUACAUUGCAAUAUUUCAAUCAAACAAUGUUAAAAUCAGCCUUAACUAAGCAGGUGAAACAUGUUUCCGUAAAGGCCCCCUAGUUGCUGUGAGUGUUAGAUAGGAUAUGAUUUAUCCUUGGCCCAGAUGGAGACACAAGGACACAACAGCUCACUGAUCAGUCAGCUUCUCUAAAGCAAUGGGAAAAUAAAUAACCUUCACAUUUUGUUUUGACUGCCACCACCAUAGAGUUGGUAAGUUUAAGGUCAGGGUAGUUGCAGUUAACAUCAAGUUAGAGUUGGGAAUCAGAAGUUGCCCACAAAACAGAACUACUUGUAAAGAUGUCGGUUAAUUUCAUUGUUUAAAGCGUCCAGGCGAACAGAUUCACAGAUAUCCACAAUAGAGACCAACUUAAUUGUGACCGUAGUAUCUUGAGUGGGAUUGAUUAUUAGGACUGAAAAUAAGACCAAGCAGUUAUUAGUGUGGUUGAACCCUGACAUUGGUAUUCCCUCAUUGUAUUCUCUCCUUCCCUUCCCAAACAGCUGACAGGGAGGUUCAGAGGAUUCUGCUGGAGCUUCUCAACCAAAUGGACGGCUUUGACCAGACCGUCAACGUCAAGGUGAGCGAAGUGUGAGAGCGCUGUGGGCUUCGUUAUUGUAGGCUGCAGACCCAUUAAGGCAGCUAACCUGUAACCUUGUGUGUCACAGUGAGAAUACGUUAAAAAUGUAGUCACACUUAAGCUAAUCCUAUAGUGAGUGAUUUACUAAUAUGGGUCUCAAAACUUCCGGUUAAGCCUUUGUCAUGUGACUUCCGGCCUCUCUGACCCACCUGUUUGUUCCCUCGUCAGGUGAUCAUGGCCACCAACAGGGCCGACACCCUGGACCCCGCCCUCCUGCGUCCGGGCCGUCUGGACAGAAAGAUUGAGUUCCCCCUGCCUGACCGCCGGCAGAAACGCCUGGUCUUCUCCACCAUCACCAGCAAGAUGAACCUCUCUGAGGAGGUGGACCUGGAGGACUGUAUCCUUAUUAUACCCUACUCAACAGUGUCUCAUGACGUGUGUGUGUUAAUUGGGGCAGGUCUGUAUUGUAUUCACUUUUUAUCAAUGUGUCUCAAGAAAAAACUAGCAGCAUCAUGCAAUCUUUUCCUGCUCAGAACAAAGCACAGGAGCACUAAUCCUAUUCUGUGUCCGGUUCAUUAAGUGUGCUUUAAGUUUUCAUCAAAUAUUUACCUCCUUGAAUACCGCUCUGAUCUAGUGCAAUAGUCUCAUUAAAGGUCAAAUGAACCAUGACUUUAGUACUCCAACUGAAUGCCUUUGUAAAGUCUAAUGCACUUCCCCAUACCUUUCUUUGGUUGCUAAGUAACCGAAAGAACACUACAUUGUUCAGUGUCGUAUGAGUUUGUAUUUGCAGUUGUCCUUAACCAGUGUGUAGAUGUUGCCAGACCAGACAAGAUCUCCGGAGCAGACAUCAACUCUAUCUGCCAGGAGGUGAGUGUGACCCCGGACUGUUCGGAGGAAUUCUACCAUGGGAGGUCAAACUACUCAAAAGACUCAAUGUCAAAGAGUAGCAAGUUAUUGCGUUCGCUAACUCUUGUUCCAAAGAUAACUAAAUAUCCUCUGUUACAUCACCUGUUGUCGGUGUGAGAACUGGAAACUCUCUCUGAUAGAUGUGCUUAUAAUUCUUUCAUUCCUCUCACUCAGGCUGGCAUGCUGGCUGUCCGUGAAAAUAGGUACAUCGUCCUGGCCAAGGACUUUGAGAAGGCCUACAAGACUGUUAUCAAGAAGGACGAGCAGGAGCAUGAGUUCUACAAGUAGAAAGUAACCUCUUCCCCCUCUCCCUGAAAAAAGAAAAGGCAUUCAGAGACAAGUUUUGUUUGAUUUAUGUGUGUUUGUGUCUACUACCGUGUCCAUGUGUCAUUUGCCAGACUCUGACUAACAUUGACCUUGGACUGAAUUUUGCUUAAUUUACUAAAGGCCCAUCGUCAUCUCGACUGUGAUAACAACCUUGAACACACACACACAUAGUGAAUGGAGUGUCUUUUGAUGUGCUCUGCAGGUUCUUAAGUAUGUUUGACUUGACUGUAGCUAGUAUAAUGGCAGAGAGUUUGUACCUGUAAUGUACUCCCUGAUAAAACAGUACUCUAAAAAACAUUAAAGAAGUUUUCCAUAAAAAUUUAAGAAAAG